CCUAUGACAUGCACUGUCCAAAUGUCCAAAUAUGGCCGAAACAAAACGCCAAAAGUCAACCAGACUAGUGGGAGAUGUUAUGUGACGUAGGCGUAGUCAAGGAAACGCUAUAACACCCUUCAAAACAUCCGUAUAAUAAUCGGAAACUCAUCGUGAAAGCUUCGUUAGCCAUCGGGACUUUACCAAUGCGUAACUUGGCAAUCAGACGAGUUGAACUAAUAAGCUAUUAAUAGAGUGCGUCACUGUAAGAGACUGUGUACUGACCUUAAUGACACAAACACUAUAAUCUGUGCAAGAAUCAUCACUUCAAACCAACUACAGCCAGACCAUGCAUCACAACCGAUUGAACGCGAUUUUCAUAUCUUUUUCGUAUGUACUCGUUCUUGAAGGUGUCGUAGCUUCAGGUCUUUUAACCGAGCACAAACAAUCCGCUUGCCAUAACAGCAAUGUUUUACUUGACUGCAAAUACUAUGAAAACAUGGGCUCAGCGGCAGAUCUCAGUUGGGGCUUCAGAGACGUCACAACACAAGGAUGGAAGAGAAUUGCAUUGAUAAGAAAUGGGAACCGAAGGAUUUUCAAGAAUACAAGAUUUGACGACAGAAUAACGUUACACACAAAUGGUUCAUUGGAAAUCAAGACUUUAAAACCUGAAGAUGCAACGCGCUACCAAUGUAAAGUCUCUAAGACAGGACAGCGAGAUACGCACAUCAUCGAGCUUACUGUCAUGUGUAACGGAAAAGUCACAUUCACCAAACAAGAAGUGUGCGUUGAGGAAGAUGUCCUUCUUGACUGUCAAGCGAAAUACAGAACAAAUCCACUUCACCUCAGGCGCGUUAUGUGGCACAAGAAAGAUGCAUCGUCAUGGUCUUUGGUACUCGCUUCUGAUAAACAGAACGUUUCCCGUGACGGGAUAAAACUUCACGACAAUGGAUCACUAUUACUUCCUGCAGGAAGACCGACCAAUGAAAUGAAAUACAAGUGUGAUGUCAUUAAAAACGUCAUCAGUCCACGAGAAAGACACGUUGUCAUUGUGAAAAACGUCAAGUGCCAUCGAGAAAAACGAUUCGUUGCUGCAACCAUCAAAACAACAGAGGGUAGAGCUGCCAUGACAACCAUUGCACCGAUCCAAGCAACAACAGUCUCCAUGGAAACAAGUCCUUCUUCGGUCACCAGCGAAAAGACUGUACAGCCUAGUACUCAGUUUACCUCAUCGCCUACAAAGGAAGACAGUGGCUUUUGUGGAAAGACUGUCCAUACGUCUGUUUCUGGUGGAUUCCAAUCUCCGAGUUUCCCAAGUCCAUAUCCUGCCAACUCUUACUGUAAAUGGACCAUCAGUGUGCCCCAGGACUACGCGGCCAUUCAUAUUACACUAAACGUAAUGAAUCUAGAACACGAGGCGAACUGCCAGAAUGACUACAUUGCAAUAACGGACGAGCUUGGUAAUCAAGUUGGUUGUCGUCAGUGCGGUUCGCCCAACAAGCCAAUCACAUUUCACAUCAAAGGAAAAGUAGCAGURGUAGAGUUCAAGUCUGACAGUACAGUUCAUAAAACAGGAUUUCAGUUGAUCUACAAAGCAACAAAACGGGUCGAAUGAAAUGGAGCUCGUUCACUUCCAUAAGUAUUUUGCUAUGCAAAGAUUUGUAAACGUUUUUCAGGGGAUAUGAAAUUGUAAAUACAGCUAUUUCAUGACACAGAAAUGGGACAUUAGUAAUUAAUAAAAAAGGAAACAUGAAAGAGUUAAAAGAAGGCGUUUAUCCAGAGUGAUCUUCUUUUGCCUUGAUUUUUCCUUUUAAUAGACUACAAAUGUUCUUUUCUAUGAGGUUUCUAGGAGUGUAUUAUUGUUAUCAGAAAUAAUUAUAGGAUCAUACUUAUUUUAAUACUUAUGGAAAUAUUUAUUUCUUAUUGAAUGUCUCAAUACGUUACUGGAUUAUUUAUUGCUAUUAAUAAAGAAUAUUU